CACAAAAGAGAAGGAAGAAGAAGAAGAAGAAGAAGAUAGAUAGAUAGAUACAGAUAUAGAUAUAGAGAGCCCUGAAAGCUCCAGAUAACACUGCAACACACACACACACAGCUCCUCCAAGCUUGAACUUCAAAUCUCUCUUUGGCUUUCCUAUCACUCUCUUCUCUAAAGCUUUGGCUUCUACCAGCUCAUGGAUCCCUUCGAUUUGGUGCGAAAAGGGUUUGGUUGAUGCUUACUGAAAGUUUUGUGUUCUUCUUCUUCUUCUUCAAUUCGAAGCUUGUCUAGUUGUAUCUAAUUCAGUAAAUAAUGAGCUUGUCCAAGAAAGGAUCCUUCACGAAUGACACAAAGCUAAGCGCUGCUGCAAGCAAGGCAACGUCUUUAAAUCCAAAUGCCGCAGAGUUUGUUCCCUUUUCACUCAGAUCUCCAUCAUCUGGAAGCACCAGCACAGCUCAGGCGGCAUCAGCAUUCUCUUCAUCGGGAACCUUUGGAAAAGCUGUAUUAGAUCGAACUGAAUCUUCCACCUCGAAUAAUUCUGAUGACGAGGCCCACCAAUAUUGGCGCCAUCAGCUCCCUGAUGAUAUCACUCCUGACUUUAAGGUCAUGGGAGAAGAUGAGUCACCAGGUCUUGGAAACAUCUCUUUGGCCGGUUUGUCCUUGCAUGAUGAUGGUGAAAUAACACAGUUUCCUGCCUCUACGGGCAGUGGAUACUUAUUAAAUGAGUCACACAUCAAUGGUAAUAGCUUUUCUGACAAGUUAAGAGUUGCUACAUCUCCAUAUGGGGAUGAUCUUUCCUCCCCCAGUUUCAUGCAUAUGUCAACCAAGCCUUGGGAUAAGCAGAUUCUGACUAGUAAUCAGCUUGUUAGCAAUGGUCAUGAGGGAUCUCUUUAUGAUGGCAUUUCUAGACAUGGAUUCAUGAAUGAUAUAUUGGGUGAGCAAGCAGUUCUUGAUGAUAGCGAAAUUAACCCUGCCGAUUUUUUGGCUUCACAGUUCCCUGGGUUUUCCGCUCAGAGCCUUGCAGAAGUUUACUUUGCCAAUGGUUGCGACUUAAACCUGACUAUUGAAAUGUUGACACAGUUGGAGCUUCAAGUUGAUGGUGGUUUUAAUGAGAAUAUGAAUCCAAAGACCUUGUCAGCUCCUGAUCUUAGUUCGAUGGACUUUCCUGCACUUACUCCAACAGAUGGUCAGCAUGGUCAUCCAAAAUAUGCUGGAGAUGAUGAUUUCCAGCAAAGUGGCAAUCCUUAUCGAUCUUCUGACAAGGACAACAUGCUUAUGUUUAAGUCUAGCUCAUCCUUUCCAUCUAGAGGUGCAGUAGAUUUUGCUUCAGCUGUCAGGAAAUUGGCAACUCAGGAUUCAGGUGGAUGGAAGUAUGAGAGGAAUGGUUCUGCUGAUGCCGCAAUUGGCUCAAGUAGAGCUUCCCAUCUUGUAAAUAGCACUUACAAUACUGGGCAUGGAAGAGCCAUCUACAGUGAUAGGUCGCAGACUCGUGGUUCAGCUCGGACUGCUCCUGUUUGGCUUGAAACUGGAGAUGCUGUUGCAAAUAUGUAUUCCGAUCUGCGGGAGGAAGCUCGUGAUCAUGCACGCCUACGUAAUGCAUGCCUUGAGCAGGCACGGCAAGCAUACCUUGUUGGAAACAAGGCUCUCGCAAAGGAACUGAGUGUUAAAGGGCAGCUGCACAACAUGCAUAUGAAGGCAGCUCAUGGCAAAGCUCAAGAAUCUAUAUAUCGCCAGAGGAACCCAGAAAUGCAAGGCAAUGGAAGAGCACAUGAGAGGAUGAUAGACCUGCAUGGACUUCACGUAAGUGAAGCUCUUCAUAGGCUCAAGCAUGAGCUGAGCAUAUUGAGGAGUACUGCCAGAGCAGCAGAAACAGGUCUUCAGGUUUAUAUAUGUGUUGGAACUGGCCACCACACCCGGGGUUCACGCACACCGGCAAGGCUCCCAGUGGCUGUACAGCGUUACCUACUGGAAGAAGAGGGCCUCAAUUACAGUGAGCCACAGCCUGGGCUGCUUCGAGUUCUGAUGGAUCUUAACCCCAUUUAUCCGUCAUUCUCUGUCAAUGAUCCACCAUCUUCAUCUCAGUUCCUCAUUUUAUUCUCCAUUCAAGCGAUCUUCACCUCUACAAUGCGCGCGCAGCUGCAUACCAAUCUCCGACCCAAAUCAAUUCUCUUCUCCACCAAAACCCCGAAAACCCUGGUCCCUCUCUCCAAUAUCUCCUCCCUUUCGAACCCUAUCUCUCACUCGAAACCCUCCUCUUCGUCUUCUCCAUGGUUCUCUAUCCUCCGCACCGCCAUUGCCAACACAGACCUCCCCCUCGGCAAGCGCGCCCACGCCCUCAUCCUAACCUCCGGGCAAUGCCCAGAUCAUUUCCUAAUCAACAAUCUCAUCACCAUGUAUGCCAAAUGCAGGUCGCUCGCAUAUGCACGCCACCUGUUCGAUAAAAGUCCUGAGCGAGACCUGGUCACCUGGAACGCCAUUUUAGCAGCCUACGCGCAAUCGGGUCGCUAUCUGGUUGAAAAUGCUCAAGAGGCUCUUGGGAUUUUUCGGCGGCUUCGUGAGUCUGUUGUGUUCACCAGCGGGCAUACUCUGGCGUCGGUUUUGAAGCUGUGUUUGAUGUCGGGGCGUGUUUGGGUUUCCGAGGCUGUUCAUGGGUAUGCGGUGAAGAUUGGGUUGGAAUGGGAUGUGUUUAUUACGAGCAACCUGGUGAAUGUGUAUUGUAAGCUCAGGCGAGUUAAGGAGGCUCGGGCUUUGUUUGAUGGGAUGGUGGAAAGGGAUGUUGUGCUGUGGAACACAAUGCUGAAGGCAUAUGUGGAAAUGGGACUGAAGGAGGAAGCGCUUACUCUUUUCUCUGAGUUUCAUCGGAGCGGAUUAGGUCCUGACAGUGUUAGUGUGCGUUGUGUUCUUGGUGGGAUUCGGAAAGUUGAUUCUGAUGAAGGCAAGAGGCACAUGGAGGAGGUUCAAGCAUAUGCAGCAAAGCUGGGGGAGUUUGUAACUAAUGUGGAUGAUGAAGCCUAUCCACCAAGUUUAUGUGAUCCUUCUACCGAUUCCGAGGUGUUUUUGUGGAACAAGACGUUGUCCAAAUAUGUCCGAGCUGGUGAAAAUUGGGCUGCCGUAGAGUGCUUUAGAAAUAUGAUUAGAUCAAAAGUUGGAUAUGACAGUGUGACAUUAGUCAUCAUUCUAUCUGCGAUUGUAGGCACAAAUAAUUUGGAGGCGGGGAAGCAGAUUCAUGUUGCUGCUUUGAAAUCAGGUCUUGAUUCUGUUCUUUUGGUAGCCAAUAGACUUAUUAACAUGUAUUCAAAGGCUCGUUGUGUGCAGUUUGCGAUAGAAGUAUUCAAUCACAUGAAAGAGGUGGACCUUGUUUCAUGGAACUCGAUGAUAUCAUGUUGUGCACAAAGCGGUUCAGGAGAGGAAUCAGUAAACCUAUUUAUAGGUUUAUUACGGGAUGGUCUAAGACCUGAUCAGUUCACAAUUGCAAGUAUUUUAAGGGCUUGCUCCUCUCUUCAAGAAGGGUUGCAUCUCAGCAAACAGGUUCAUGUACAUGCAAUUAAAACCGGUAUUGCUGCUGACAGAUUCGUUUCAACAGCUCUUGUUGAUGUUUAUUCUAGAAGUGGAAAGAUGGAGGAGGCGGAGGCUCUAUUGGAAAAUAAAGUUAAAUUCAAUCUGGCUUCUUGGAAUGCGUUGAUGUUUGGGUACAUAAAGAGUAAUGACAGUCACAAAGCGCUACAACUUAUGAGGAGGAUUCAUAAUGGUGGAAACAGUGUAGACGAGAUUACUUUGGCAACUGUUGCCAAGGCAACUAGUUGCCUGGUAGCAUUGGUACCGGGGAAGCAAAUUCAUGCUCAUAUCAUAAAGACAGGGUAUUCAAAGGACUUGUACGUUAACAGCAGUAUUCUAGAUAUGUACAUAAAAUGUGGAGACAUGGGAAGUGCACACACAGUUUUCAAUGACAUUCCUUCACCGGAUGAUGUUGCGUGGACAACUCUUAUCUCAGGGUGUUUAGAAAAUGGAGAUGAAGGGCGCUCCGUGUCUAUAUACCGUCAGAUGAGGCAGUCAGGAGUUCCGCCCGAUGAAUACACCUUAGCUACCCUUGUCAAAGCCGCCUCUUGUCUGACAGCAUUGGAACAAGGGAAACAGAUACAUGCAGAUGCAAUAAAGUUGGAAUAUUCCUCCGACCCUUAUGUUGCGACAUCACUUGUUGACAUGUAUGCCAAAUGUGGUAACAUAGAAGAGGCAUAUCGUUUAUUCAGAAGGAUGGAUGUCGGAAGCAUUGUCCUGUGGAAUGCCAUGUUGGUGGGUUUAGCUCAACAUGGAGACGCUGAAGAAGCAUUAAAUCUUUUCAGAGUCAUGAAAUCUAGAAACAUUGUGCCUGAUAGAGUUACUUUCAUUGGAGUUCUUUCUGCUUGCAGCCACUCUGGUUUAGUUUCCGAAGCUUAUGAGCAUUUUUCUUCAAUGCAAAGAGAUUACGACAUUGAACCUGAGAUUGAGCAUUACUCUUGUCUAGUCGAUGCCCUUGGUCGUGCAGGGCGUGUUCAAGAGGCAGAAAAGCUGAUAGCAUCUAUGCCAUUCGAAGCUUCUGCUUCAAUGUACAGAGCCCUGCUUGGUGCUUGCAGGGUUCAAGGGGACACAGAAACUGGAAAACGAGUAGCAGAACAGCUCUUAGCUAUCGAGCCAUCUGACUCUUCGGCUUAUGUUCUCAUAUCCAAUAUGAAUGCUGCUGCCAACCAGUGGGAUGCUGUGAACGAUGCUCGACAAAUGAUGAAAGUGAACAAUGUAAAGAAAGAACCAGGUUUCAGCUGGAUAGAUGUGAAGAACAAGAUCCAUUUGUUUGUAGUAGAUGAUAAAUCUCAUCCUGAAGCCGAUUCGAUAUACGACAAGUUGGAGGACUUGAUGAAAUGGAUCAGCGAAGAAGGGUAUGUUCCUGAUACAGAGUUUGUGCUUGCUGAUGUUGAAGAAGAGGAAAAGGAGCGAGCUCUAUAUUACCAUAGUGAGAGACUAGCCAUAGCUUAUGGACUCAUAAGCACCCCUUCCUCUGCCAUUAUUCGGGUCAUCAAGAACCUUAGAGUUUGUGGAGAUUGCCAUAAUGCAAUCAAGUACAUAUCAAAAGUUUCUCAAAGAGAAAUUGUGGUGAGAGAUGCAAAUCGCUUCCAUCGUUUCAAAAAUGGAGGCUGCUCUUGUGGUGAUUACUGGUAACUCGGCCAUACAGGAUAGAUAGAAUCAACCUGAUUACUCACCUUUUUAGUUCCUUUUGUUAUGAACAUUUUCAAUUCAUUCAGUAUUUUUACUUUUUAGUGGAUUCUUUGAUUUUAACAUCAUUUUCAUGUUUCUAUGUACAAUAAUGGAUUGCAACAAUUUGAUGCGCAAUAGAUAUUUUCUAUAUUC